UUUCUUAUUGUUUUAUUACGGCGGCGUGUAGGACGCUGCUUCUGAGUGAUUGCAAGGACCUCGUGGUUGUCAAAGUGAACGGCUUCAUUAUUAACCACGAGUAAACAGACGUACCCGGAGCUCUUUGUAACUCGGAAACUCGUCGGGGCUGAACUGAACAUCUCCUACCGUUACUUACUUAGCCGCUCGUCCGGGUGGAGUGUGCAGUUUGUGACCACCCUGAACAAACUUUAUUACAACCUUUCAACAAAACAAAACAGAAAGCAGCGGGGAAGUCAGUGUCGGAGCUCUUUAUUUCACAGCCUGCGUGCAGUUAGGAAGCCUUUUCUAGGAUUUGUGUCGGAAGACUUGAAAUCUCCAUCCAUCCUCCAACAUGACACGAAGAUCCUGCGCGGUCUAUGCGGUCGGGAUCAUCUGCGCCCACCUGCUGGUCAUUGGGAUUGGCUUAUUUGUGGCUCAAACUUUCCGCACUCUUAUGCACAACCGCCUCAAAAAGGAGAUUGUUUUGGUAGAGGGCAGCCGUGUGUUUGCGUCGUGGAAAACCCCUCCCCCUCCUGUCUACAUGGAGUUCUUCUUCUUCAAUGUGACCAACGUGCCGGAGUUCCUUGAAGGGGCCAAGCCAGUGCUCAACCAGGUUGGACCCUACACAUACAGGGAGUACAGGUACAAGGACAAUGUGAGCAUGGUGGAAAAUGACACUAUGGUGUCCGCAUACAACACCAAAAGCUUUGUGUUCAUGAGGGAGAGGUCUGUGGGAGACCCAGCCGAGGAUAACAUCACCACUGUCAACAUCCCUCUUUGGGCUGUAAUGAGCAAGGCGAAAGGUUUCAUGAAGGUCACCAUGGCAAAUUUCAUGAUCAGCGCUACUGGGAGCCAGCUCUUCAUUACUCGCAGUGUGGAUGAAUUGCUGUGGGGUUAUGAAGAUCCCAUGCUGUCCCGUAUCUCUCAAAGCUCACCUGAAGUGGAAAAGAUCUUUGGUCUCAUGUACAAGAAAAAUGGAACUAACGACGGGGAGUUUGUCUACCACACCGGGGUGCAGAACUACAUGGAUUAUGGACGGGUGGAAACGUGGAAAGGCCAAAGUGAGCUGACGUUCUGGUCGACUGAACAAAGCAACAGCAUCAAUGGAUCAGAUGGAAGUGCUUUCCAUCCCCUGCUGGACAAGAACGAACGCAUUUAUAUCUUCACCCCAGACCUCUGCAGGACGAUUUACAUGGAGUUUGAGAAAGAUGUGGAGGUGAACGGAAUCCCAGCGUAUCGCUUCACACCACCACGCUCUGUCCUGGCCAGCAAAGAGGAGAACCCAGCCAACGAGGGUUUCUGCGUCACCCCACAGGAGUGCCUGGGAACUGGCCUUCUUAAAGUCAGUCCCUGUCGGAAAGGUGCCCCAGUGGUCGCUUCCUUUCCUCAUUUCUACCUGGCAGAUGAUCAAUACCCGGAUGCCAUUGAAGGAAUGUCCCCUCAAAGAGAGCAUCACCAAACGUUCCUCGACCUUAACCCGACCACUGGAGUGAUUGUACGAGCAAACAAGAGAGCACAGAUUAACAUCUUGCUCAGCAGAAUGUCUGGAUUCCCGAAAACCAGAAAUUUGAAUACCGUCUUUCCUGUUAUGUUCCUCAAUGAGAGUGUGGUGAUUGAUGAUGCAUCCGCGGCAAAAGUGCAGAAGCUGCUGCUUAUCGUCACUCUAGUGUCCAACUUCCCGCUCAUCAUCGUGGGACUGGGUGUCAUCAUGCUCUUCGUCUUCAUCAUCCUUCUGUUGCGGGCCCGCAGGCAGAAGAAUGAAGUUAAACGCAUUGUGUUUACCAAGCCUACCUAUGCUACCUCUGCUGAAGACGACACCUCCUACUCUCCAGUCAAUGACAAGGAAAAGGAUGAUCCCCAAAAUGGAACCUAUAUUGGUUUGACACCUAAACCUGACCCACAAGCUUGAGAAGGAGGAAGAGGAUGGUUAGAAAGAAGCUUUGUACAUUGGCAACCUUCAGAAUUACAAAUAGAGAUUUGGAGAGAGAAAAAAUUGUGAAUAUCCUUUAUAAUUGUAAAUCUGUCUGUUUUUGAUGUUUUUUUUGGGGGGGGGGGGGGGGGUUGACGGGUAGAUAAUUGGGACUCAACUAGU